CUCCCACAUCAUUAAUGGAACGAAAUCAAGUGGGGCAGAGACCUUGAAGUUUGAACCCCAAUGAACAAUCAAGAAAAACGCCCUUUCUGACUCCAUCUCCACCACCCUCAUCUCCUUCAAUCAAUACCCUCUUCACACAAUCCAAUACACACACUUACACAUACAUAAAUCAUGUCAGGCAAUGAAGAUAAUGGAAUGGAAGAAACCAACGGUGAUUCAUUUGGGAAAGUCAAACAAAGGUUCAAGGAUCGAACCCUGAAAGUGGCUCAAACUAAAGAGAUGUUGUCCAAACAAGCUGUGAAAAGCAAGGAGAUGUUGUCUAAACAGGCUGUUAAGAGCAAGGAGAUGUUGUCUAAACAGGCUGAUAAGAUUGCCAAACAGGCUGAAGAACAUGAGAGAUUUAUCAAUAAGGUGACUCAUUUCCUGGGUGUUAUUGCAUUUGGAACUUUUUGCUUUCUAUUGGGUGCAAGACCUCAAGACAUCCGCUAUGUAUACUGCUUGUUCUACUUUAUCUUUGUUCCCCUCCGCUGGAUCUAUUACCGAUAUAAAAAGUGGCAUUAUUAUCUUUUGGAUUUUUGCUACUAUGCCAAUACAAUUUUUUUGGUCAUGCUUCUGUUCUAUCCCAAAAAUGAAAAGCUUUUCAUGGUUUCCUUCUCAUUUGCAGAGGGACCGCUUGCUUGGGCACUGAUUGUUUGGCGUUGUAGCUUAGUUUUUAGUUCUGUUGACAAAUUAGUAAGUGUCCUCAUACAUCUUUUGCCUGGAUUAGUAUUUUUUACAAUUCGGUGGUGGGAUCCUGCUUUCUUUGAGGCCAUGCAUCCUGAAGGGACUGCUAAAAGAGCUUCAUGGCCUUAUGUAGAAGACAGAUCUUAUCUAUGGACCUGGCUUUUUGUAGUUCCCUUGGCUGCUUACACUCUUUGGCAGAUUUUAUAUUUUUUGAUUGUGAAUGUCCUUCGCCGUCAGAGGCUGCUACGGGAUCCUGAAGUCAUGACUUCUUACAGGGAGCUCUCAAAGAAAGCACAAAAAGCAAACAACCUAUGGUGGCGACUAAGUGGUUUACUUGGGGAUCAGAACCGGAUGUUCAUGUAUAUUCUGCUCCAAGCUGUGUUCACAGUGGCAACCAUGGCACUGACAGUUCCUAUAUUCUUGUCAUAUGAACUACACGUUAUCUUCCAAGUACUCAAAGUCUCCGCAUCUGUAUGGAACGGAGGAAGCUUUUUGUUGGAAGUAAUGCCAAGACAAGUGGUUCUCAAGGAGAAGAAAAAAUCAGAGAAGCAGCCCAUACCGCCGGCUCCACAAGUUCAAGCUCUAGUCGCAGAAGAAACUCCUCCUCCAAGUCCAUUAGACACAGUUGAUAUGGGUGAACCUCUAUCUCAAUAGUUACGAACACGCAGUGCUUGUAAUCCUGUUUGUAUACUAUGUGAAUCUUUGCAUGCAGCUGAAGAUGAACUCUAGGUUUUGUGUUUUGGUAAAUGAAAUGUAGUGGUCGAAGUUUUUCGUUUUCAUAGAGAAGUGAUGGGACCGAUGAAAACGGUUUCAGUCAGUAUCUGAUUUUUUGUUUAAGUCUGUAGUUUCAUAUGCACCAUGAUUGUACAAAAACAUGUACCAUGUUAACUGAACUAAGCUUACAGUGUUUUUUGGUCA